AUGACGUUGAAGCGACGUCGCUCUUCAAACUCAGACUCCGACCCUGCAUCAGAACUCGACUCUCGCGAGGAACUACUCUCGAAAACACCUCGUUGUGCUCGUUUUGCUAAUCCACACUCACACAAAACAUUCAUUCGCUCGUUUUUCGAUUGUUCUUGGGAAACUUUGGGGGCAAAACGCAAAACUCAGCUCAGAGAGCACUACCAAGACAUCUUCAAUCGAGUUUGGGACGGAGACGAAAUUGCCUUUCAAUGGGACACAUGGGCUAACCUUUUUGGUGCUUUGGGACUCAUGGCUGUCGAUAUGGAUCAACUCCGCGAACUCGUUGUUGGGAGACACGAGGACCUGUACGCCAUCAUAAAUCGCGCUCACCGAACCCACAACUUUUACGACCUCUGUCACCAUCGCUUAUUUUUCAACGAAUUAAAUGCUGGGAUUGAUGGUGCCCUGCUCGACUUGGGGCCCUUCUUUCAAACGAUCCGUAAUGGUGGGCUCCCCUCCUACCAAAUCGACUGUGACGCAUGGCGUACUGCGUGUCCUUUCGGUCUCGUUUCCGUUGGGCGUCCCUCCCAGCCUUUGACGCACCGUAUCAAGACUAUGACAUUUGAAGAAGUGCACCUGAUCAGAAAAUGGCAUCCAUCACCACAGACACCAAGUCUUCUAAAGAGUCUUGCACAGAACUGGGGGUUUUACUUCGCGUUCUCUCCCAACAAAAUUGCCGAGGAAUCAAGAGAGUUUCAUCUAUCUCAAGACCUCGUUCUCGUAACCCAACAACUCAGUCGUGCAGCCGACAUGGCCCAUUUCGAUGCAACCCCACAAGCCAUCCAAACAGCAGCUCAAUGUUGCUUCUACGCUCUCUAUCUCACACGUAUCAUCGUCCUUUCCUCUUUCCUCGACUCUCUCCCUCGGAGCAUGUCAGCCGAAGAAGCUCGCCAGCAGUGGGCAGUCUUCCAGUAUAACCCGCCCUCGAAGGAUGGCAACGACGUCUUCGCCAUUGUUUAUCGAGCCGUCGCGGACGGCUCCCUCGACGACAUACGGCGAAGUGUGGACGCUCGUUUCAGCGCAUUGUGCGCCCGGAACAAAGAAUUCUUUCCACAAGAUCAGGGCAAAGUACUCCCUUUCGAGAUUGUCAUCAACGAGACCGAAGAUUUUGUCGUGCAACCUCCCGCGAGCGGACGCCAACCGGCUUGUUCUCGCUUUGGCGUCCAGACGCUCUUUUGGGGGUUCGACAGAGCUUCUUGA